AUGGGAAAAGGACCAAUCACGUCUGCAGACUGUGAAGUAGGAGAGGAUGACAUCACGUCUGAGUCUUCAGAAGAUAACCCAAUUACCGUGAAGGUCCAUCCGAUACCUAGCCGUGCAGAUCCACCAUCCAAUCCCUCCAUACAAGGGGGGAGUUUUCAUGACCAUUCGUCUGUGGGUAACCAACACACCACUUAUGGAGGGGGAGAAACAUUCCAGUGUUCGGAGUGUGGGAAAUGUUUCACCCGGAGAGGAACUCUCACCGCACAUCAGAGGUCUCACACGGGGGAGAGGCCUUUUUCGUGUCCUGAGUGCGGAAAAUGCUUUUCUUGCAAGAAAAUUCUCAUCAGACACCAAAGAAUCCACACAGGGGAGAAGCCGUACUCCUGUCCUGAAUGCGGGAAAUGUUUUACUCAGAAAUCGGGUCUCAUCAGACACGAGAGCGUUCACACGGGAGCAAAACCGUUUUCGUGUUCUGUGUGCGGGAAGUGUUUCUCCAUGAAGGUGACUCUUACCAAACAUGAAAAAAUUCACACGGGGGAGAAACCAUAUCCGUGUUCGGAAUGCGGCAAGUGUUUCUCCUCUGGAACAAAUCUCGUCAGACACCAGAGAUCCCACACGGGUGACCGUCCGUAUCCGUGUUCCGAGUGCGGCAAAAGCUUUGCGCAAAAGUCGUAUCUGGUAGAGCACCAGAGGCUUCACACGGGCGAUCACCCCUUCUCCUGCUCUGAGUGCGGGAAGUGUUUCACUCAAAAGUCUCACCUCGUGAAACACAAGACAAGUCACACCGGGGAAAAACCAUUUGCAUGUUCCGUGUGCGGGAAGUGCUUCACGCAGAAAUCGGUUUUGGUAACGCACGAAAGGAUUCACACACACGAGAGAGUCCACACAGGGGAGAAGCCAUAUUCGUGCUCUGAGUGUGGGAAACAGUUUUCCAAGAAAUAUUCGCUCAUCUGCCAUCUCGGCUCGCACAAUGGAACAGCGGCUCCUCUCUCAGGGUGUGGCAGUUGA